AAGAGGAUCAGACUUGUACUCUAACUUGUGGCAUACGCUCCAACUGGGACCACUGUUACUCAAUGGACAAGAAACCGCAAUCUCUCAUUGUCGCAUCUUGGCCAAGACCACAGACGUAACACGUUUUCAGAGACGAAGGACCCAUUUCAGUCCAUAUCUCGAGUGGUCCCGCUUUGACAUCAGUCCCCGAGUGAUCGCCAUUGCCUUGGAUCUCAUGGGAAAAAGGAUAUAAGCAGACAAAGAGCAAUAACAAAUUGGAACCGAACAAGAAGUUGGUCCACAUCCUUGCUUCUCCAGUUCCUUCCCUCAUGUCAUCCAUCCAUCCAUCCUUGAUGAGUUGCUCUCUGUCCAAUUACAUCCAAGUUGAAUUCGCAACUAGAACAACAACAACAACAACAGCUCAUUGGUUUUCGCCCACAACACGUUAUUGGGAAUCACGCAAGCUCUGGAUGAACAAGGUGAAGGACACACAAGAGGAUCAAUAUCAAACUUUCUUAAUGAAACAUCAAAGGCCAAUCGAAGCACCACCCAAUAACGUACCCUUUACCAUACUCACUCGCACAUGAAGGGGAAGAAGAAGCAUUCGAAGAAAGGCCACGCUCGUCGAAAAGGUCGUUUUCCGGGCCAGUGAACAGUUUUUGCCCGUUGACUUUUCAGCAUUAUUGGAAAACGAACGGACUUGCACUUGAAUACAACACUACGUACAAACGACGGACCUCUCUUUGGUUUGGGUCAAACAUCCGUGUAAUUUCUGCCGUCAACCACCCAAUUUCGGAAAGGCUGAAUGAGAUAUCCAAUAUAUGUAUUCCGAGGAAAGAGGGGGUUAGUAAUGAAGGAUGAGCAAAAGUUCUUCUCUUCCCAAGACUUGAUUCUAAGCAUGUCUUUAAAUCCUUAUGAUACAUGUCUUCCUCUUUCCUUUGCUUUGUGGAUCAAUUCUUGGAAUCAGAGACCUCAGGUAACAGUAUGUUGAUACAGGAACAAGUAUCAGCCGCCAAAUUAUCAAACUCGAACUAAUUGAAGGACCUUGGAUCGAGACAAGAUGACCUUGUCCAUGAAAAGAGAAAACGUUUUCAAGAUGAUUCCCAUCCCCUCAACCAACAUAGACCUUCAAUCUCCACGGGUUGUAGAACACCAAGUUAAUCCUCUCAUGAGAUAAACUCACAUGAAAUUGCCCGCCCAUUUCAAUGCGAUCGUUGUCAAUGAAACGAGUGCAAAUUAAUCAAGGGCAAGUAAUCAUAAACCAUGGAGACUGAAAGGUUCGGGAAGAAACUGACGAUGCAAUGCCACACACCAACCACCACCAACCAUCACCACCAUCGUCCUAAUAAUGGGACCGAAAUCGACUGAUCUGACAGGCCAAUAUGAGUGGCCUUCAAACCGACAACCUGUUCAUCUUUGUGGUCGAGGGUGUGGUUCUAACACUGGUCUCAUCCUUUGGUGUCAUGGGAACCCUCAUGUCUAUCUACGUUCUGGUUCAACCGAGGCUUCGAGAUAGCUUCUCCACAUUCCUCACUGGCCUGGCUAUUUGUGAUUCCAUUUUCCUGACCUUCGCCAUCUUGAUGUUUGGCCUUCCGAGUUUGUGGACCUGGUAUGGCAAUCAUAUUGCAGUACACAUCAUUCCAUUUAGUCAUGGGGCCAUUCACGUGGCUCGCAUGGGAACCGUUUACAUCACGAUGUCUGUCACUUUGGAACGAUUCUUUGCCGUGGUUCAUCCUCUCAAGAAAUUUGGGGCCAAGAAGUUCUUGCUUCCAGGGACCGCAGUGUUUUCGUUGGUGUACAACCUGCCAAAGUUCUUCGAGAUGGAGACCUACGUCUGGCCGUAUACUAAUGAGACCUCGGUCCGUCAAACCGACCUCCGAACCCAUGAGCUCUAUGUGUCUCUUUACACAUUCUGGAGCAAGAUCAUAUUCAUGGAGGUCAUCCCGUACGUGACCAUCAUCAUCCUCAACGCCUUCAUUGUGGUUAAGAUCGUUAAAAGCUCCCGAUUCCGGCGGAAUUUUGUUAAUCAAAAUCAGCAGCAACAACAACAGUAUGACCAUGUGCCCACUUCGGGGGUUCUUCCCAGAAAUGGUAGCCACACUUAUUCGGACAAUCUCUCAGCUCAUGGUCCGUCGUCGCAAUCGCGAGCACGUCUCCACUUCGGAGGGUCCAAUGAGUCCAAGAAAGGGUCUAGGAAAGGGUCCAACUCGGUGGAACUGGCCGAGAAUAAGAAACGCGUCUCAAGCUUGAGGAAAUCCAGACUGACAUCCUAUGAUGAAAGUCAAUUUAAUACUCACCCACGCCCACGCCUGGCGUCUGGUUCGCCUACUAACUCGAUUGAGCGCGAGAACAGUUCAGCUGGUGUGAACAGCUACUCGCGCUCAAAUUCUCGUCACCCAUCAAUCAUUGCUCGUCUCCAAUCCAGCACCAGUACGGGCAGCCUAAUGUCGGCCGAAACCCGUCGGCAGAACUUCAUUAAAAACCGAUUCGACACGAAUGGCACCAGUUCGUCCAUUUCAAUUCCGCAUGCACCCAUCGGAGGGAUGAGACCACGUUGUCAUUCCAGUACCGACACCCACUCGGUGGUCACCAACGGGUCCACCGUGGUAUCUCACGCCCAUUCUCAGCAUAAUCACCCGCACCAUGCGAACCUGACCAAGAAGCACGAGGUGAGUCUGGCGAUCACACUGGUCGGAAUCUCGUUGCUCUUCAUCAUCUGCCAGUCUGUUAAGAUCAUCACGGAUGUUUACGAGCUCUUCUGCGAGAAGAUCCAAUCAGGGGACGUGGUCAUGUGUAAGAGCACCCGGUUCAUUGAUGUGGCAGUCAGCUUUGCCAACUUGUCCACUUGCAUUAAUUCUGCGGCCAAUUUCCUCGUCUACAUGCUCAGGGGCAAGAAGUUCCGCGAUCUCUUCCUGGAGACCUACUGCUGCAAAGCCCCGGCCUAUGGGCGGCGGGGCAGUCGGGCAGCCAAUAGCCGAUCUGUGAUCUUCUCCAUUAAAAACAAGUUCGACACCCACCAUCCGAGUAUGGCUAUCGAUGCGCCAAGCUUUUAUUUGGCGUCGCCCACGCAAUCCAUUACAAUGUUAACGUCGGUCAACCUCACAGGCCACGGAGGCUCGCCCACAACGACCUUGGAGGGUAGCCAUGAUGCCAAGACUUCUGGCAACAAGUCGAGUCGACCGCAAAUCGACAACGAAAGUGGCCAGACCAAACGGUUGUUCAAGAACCACUCAUCGGUCGUGGAGGUUUAACAACGUUCGCUGUCAUGUCUUGGUUUUUUCUUGUUAUAUGUUAACAAGAAUUUGUUAUAUGUUCUUAUAUUUUUCGUGAAUAAUUUAUAGGAUCGUCAAUUGCAUGGGUCAGAGUAUUUGUGGGAACAAGCUGGAUUCAACUCGUCUGGCAAGCUUUGGGUUCCCAAUGACGAGCAAGAUCGAAAGGGUCAGAAAUGAGAUCAAAAAUCAAAUUGAAUAGGUCUUAUUCUAUUAUGAUUUUUGAAUCAUGAACAUUAGACCCUCAAUUACAAGCGGGGCGACGUAAUGCAACAAGUGCUAGGAAACGUCAAAAGGCAGGGCUGUGUUUGGAUGCUCGAGCAUUAAGCAUUGCAUUUUUUAGCUACGUGAAUUGGGCCAGAAGAGCUGUAAUGUAAAAUAUUUUGACGGUCUUGAAAUGAGGCCUAUCGAGAUUAAGUUCAAUCCGAACGCAGAUCCAACAACCAUUCUCUUUAUUUGCCAAAAGGGGGUCAAAUUACUGGAAAUAUUGCAUUGAGUAUUUCAAAAUGGUCCAAUUUUAACAUAGGAGGAGAAUAGUAAUGGUUGGAUUUGAAAAUAAGUGAUAUGAUAAUGAUUGUAUAUUGGUGGACAUUUUUAUUUUUCUUGAAGUAUGUUUGAAAUAUACGGCAUUUGUCUACUACAACGUU